GCAGUCAACCUUAACAUCGGCGGUCUUCUCCAAAACACUGGAUUGCUGCGAAAUCGAAAUGGAAUCAGUCGAAAACCCUUGAACAUUGAGGCAACUGCCACAUCCCUCUCCAGAAUCUACCAAUCAGUAUGGCGACAGUUUGGAUCGGCAUCUCCUGCUACAAUCAACCAAAUGAACGAUAUCCUUCGAGACAGUAUGAUAUCAAGACGAGUGGUCAAAAAGUCAGAGAUCUCAUUAAAUUAUGGUGACGCAGUCGUUCGGAUAGUGCCAUCAACAGCGUCCUUUUACAUCCAGCGUCGUGGAUUCAGAACUAGAAAGCAGACAUUUGGUGUGGGAAGUGCCGGUAAAACAACACCAGAAGAGCCGAAAUCACCUUUGACAUUUUUCUCGGAUCUACUUGUUGGAAAAAAGACGAAAACCACGGAAGGAGGUGUGGAGAAGUGGAAUCAGUAUGAAGCGGAUCUCAAAAAGCUGCCAGAAGGACAACAAAGAACUUAUACGGAUGGUUUUGUAAAAGGUCUAUUGUCUAAUGGUACAACUGGAGCUGGAAAAGAUGCCAAGAAGUCGAACACAUUGACUCGUUUCUAUAUCUUCUUGAUGGAUGAGGCAAAGCUAGAAGUCGAGGAGAUCGUGGACUAUUUGAAAGAUCCAGAGAAGUACUCAAGACUUGGCGGACGCCUACCGAAAGGAGUCCUGCUUGUUGGUCCACCAGGAACAGGAAAGACGUUGCUGGCAAGAGCGAUUGCCGGAGAAGCACAGGUUCCAUUCUUCCAUACCGCUGGAUCUGAAUUCGAUGAAGUGUUGGUUGGACAAGGAGCUCGUCGUGUCAGAGAUCUGUUCGACAAGGCCAAAGCCCGUGCUCCCUGCAUCAUUUUCAUUGAUGAAAUCGAUUCUGUCGGAUCCAAGCGUGUUUCUAAUUCCAUUCAUCCUUAUGCCAAUCAGACCAUUAAUCAGCUGCUCAGUGAGAUGGACGGCUUCACUCGAAACGAAGGAAUCAUUGUAAUUGCUGCCACAAAUCGUGUCGAUGAUCUUGACAAGGCACUCCUCCGUCCAGGUCGUUUUGAUGUCCGUGUCACUGUCCCAAAACCAGACCUUGCUGGGCGUGUCGAUAUUUUCAACUUCUACCUGUCGAAAAUUGUACACUCCGGAGCUAUCGACCCGAAAAUUUUGGCCAAGGGAUCUACCGGAUUCACGGGAGCAGAUAUUGAGAACAUGGUCAAUCAAGCUGCCCUGAAAGCUGCAACAGACAAUGCAGUUGAAGUGACAAUGGCGUAUCUCGAUGAGGCUCGUGAUCGUGUUUUGAUGGGUCCUGCACGCACUGGAGGGCGGAUUCCUGACGAGGAAGCUAACAGAAACACGGCUUAUCACGAAGCUGGACACACAUUGGUCUCUCUGUACACCAAAGAUGCUACUCCGUUGCAUAAGGUAACCAUCAUUCCACGUGGACAAUCACUGGGACACACUGCAAUGCUUCCCGAAAAGGACAGUUAUCAGUUGACAAAGGCUCAGAUGUUGGCUACUCUCGAUGUGAUGAUGGGUGGACGUGUAGCCGAAGAACUCAUUUUUGGGGAUGAUAAAGUGACAACGGGAGCUGCAGACGAUCUGAGCAAGGCUACGCAGUUGGCUGUACAAAUGGUUAAAGUUUUUGGAAUGAGUGAAAAGGUUGGAUUGCGUGACUACACGGCUGACGAUAAGGAUAGUGCUCUGGUGAAAGUGUCAGAUUUGUCACCACAAACAGCAGAACUCAUCGAUGGAGAAAUCAAUCGUGUUCUUCAAGAGAGCUAUAAGCGAGCAAAGGAUAUUCUCACGACGAAGAAGAAAGAGCAUCAACUUCUCGCGGAGGCUCUUCUAGAAUACGAAACGUUGUCGGCUGAGGAAGUGAAACGAGUUAUUACUGGUCAAAAGAUCAAAAGGCCCACCCCUGCAGCAGUGAAAAAGAGUAACGAGAUGAAGAGGAAUCAGCCGUCUCUGGUACUCCAUUUGUUCGAGGAAGAAGGUCGCGGAAAGCAAUAA